AUGUUCAGGCCUGUUUUCCGCGCUGGCAGAGUCAGAUAUCUCCUGGACGUCUUUCUCGUGCUCGUCGGGAUCUUCUUUUCUGAUCACUCGGAAACGAAUGUACCAGAUAGCUUGGCUCGUGUACAAUCCGAUCUCAAGUGCCAAAACCACGGCAAAUUGGAUCAUUCCCAGCAGAUCGAACGUGCCAACAAGGGUGCCUGCCAUGGAGAAAAUAGCGCCCGCGGAGUCCAUGGCCAGAAACAGGAAAUUUAUCCCCACAACCCGUCCGUUGCGGUGGAGCAGCUCCCAGUACGGAGGAAGCAGGCCGAGCGCAAGAAAAACGGCUGCGAUUAUUCCAAACACCGUGGUGGGCCACCUGACACCGUUGCUGUAGAGAUGUUUGAGAGGAAUGCCGAAUCCGAGCUGCAUUGCCAAAGAUAUGCUCAGAUAGAGAAUACCGUAGAAAAUGACCCGUUUCAGGGGGACGUUGUUCGGAGGAUAGUACAUGCUCUGUAG